AUGAAGUUUUCUUUUACGGUUGCUCUUUUGUGCCUAGCUUCCGGGGUGUAUUCCCUGGUUGCUGCUCCACCGCCGACAAGAGUUGAUAGAUCCGGACCAACUCUUGUAGACCGUGACUUGGCAACAGCCACCUCUGUGCUAGCAGAUGUCAAGAAUGGGUUUGGCUCCCUCGCCACCGCUGCAAAAGACUUCAACGGCGAUCCUGGACCCCUGAAGACAUCCGCCUCGAGUCUCCUGGCCAAGGUGGACUCUGGCACAACGGCAAUCAAAAACAUGACGCCGUUGUCUUUUUUCGAAUGCCUGUCGUUGCUCACCCCCGCGCAAGAUCUUCAAAAACAGGGCAAGGCUCUCUCGGACCAACUCAAAGCAAAGAAGGCCCUGAUUCAGCAGUAUAACCAGUGCGUGACAACGUACGACUUUCUUGAUCAAGGUGUCACCAAAAGCGCUACUCUUAUUACUGCCGUUGUGUCCAAAGUUGACAGUAGCUUUAAAGAAACCGUUCAAAAUGAGGGCAACAAGAUUACGCAGCAACUCAAGGAUCUCAGAGAUUCCUUUAGUCCGGGGAACUGUUCGGAUUCUUAG